CUCUCUAUAGACUUUAUUACGGACCUUCCUCUAAGUAAGUACUAUAACGAGGUCUUUAACUUAAUACUAGUUAUCGUAGAUAGGUAUACGAAGAUAACAAAGUACAUUCCGACUAGACCUAGUAGUAGUAUAGGAAAUCCUAUUAGGAUUUAG